CACAAUUACAAACACAAAGAUUACCAUUUGAAUUACCACUACCAAAAUUACCAUCACCCCUGCCACCAUGAUUGCUACCACCACUACCCUAACACUGUCCUGAAUUCGCACUACCCUAACACGGUGUCAAAUCCACAUCCAAACUCCACGCUCUCUGGCUUCCAAUCCACUCGCAUAACCCAACUAUAUCAAACCCAAGACCCUCUUGGCCCAUCCACCAGAAGUCCAUGGGCUCGCACUACUCUCUUCCCUGUCAGGACCCAAGCCCAAUCCCGCCACUUUCGCCACUCCCCGAAACUUCUUUCUCCAGCUGUGCAAGCUGUCCUCCAAUCUCGUGGCCUUCAACACCCCUUCAAAGAUUGGCACCACCUCCGCUUCUCCAAGCUCACUGCCUCCACCUUUGCAUUUGCUGUUGGCUUUUGGCAUCGACGCCGUGUCCAGCUGUGGCUCGAGAAGCUAGGGUUCAUACCCCCCUUCUCAGGAAAUCUUGCCACUUGCUGGUCUAACAUUCAAGAACAUGUUGCCCUCGAACGUUAUCACCUUAUCACUGGUAACCAGGUCUCCUUUGUAGGCUUUGAGCGGGCCCAUGACCCCUCUGAGCACUGGCUUGCUGCCUCUCCUGAUGGGCUCGUGGGCCAGGUGGCCCAACUACCUGGUGGGGGCGUUCUUGAAAUCAAGUGUCCUUUCUUCAGUGGCGAGCUUGAGCAUGCAGGCCCAUGGUUUCGGGUGCCCAUGUACUAUGUUCCUCAAGCUCAAGGGCUGUUGGAGAUUGUAGAUAGAGAAUGGAUGGAUUUUUAUGUUUGGACCCCAAAUGGAAGCAGCUUGUUUAGGGUUUGGAGGGACAGAGAGUAUUGGGCCUUGUUAAAGGGUGCUUUGGCUGACUUUUGGUGGAAGCAUGUGAUACCGGCCAGGGAGAUGUGUGAGAAGGAGGGGAGUGCUGAGGAUGUGAGGGCAUUAAGGCCUGCCUCAAGGCACGAGUUGUGCGAUCUGAUUGUGGCAGCAAGCAGAAAGCUCUCGUGGGAGGCAAAGCUGCUGGUGAGGGAGAUGCAUGGGAAGUUGAGGUACUAGAGAGAGAGAGAGAGAGAGAGAGAGAGAGAGAGAGAGAGAGAGAGAGAGGUUUAAUAGAAUUAUGCAAGCUAAUUGCUGUAAGUUUAUCAAACUCAUUUUUUUUAUUUCAUUAAUCACAAGAAUAGGGAAAGUGUUUCUGUGCUUGGUC